UCCUUAUCCUUUUGGAGGGAGGGAGGAAAUACUACGUUUCCGUUAUCAGCCACAUAGGUGAAGCUGAAUUUUGACUGAAAAAAGGGGCAGGAUUAACACAGGUUCACCAACAUACUAUCCAUAUUACUGAGGACUGAUGACUAUCCUUAUAACUGAGUGCCAAAUAUUGCGCGAAGUUCUGCUGUUGCGUUACAGCUGUUCUGAUGGUGCUCACAAUAGAAUGUAUCCUUCUCAUUACUCUGUGGAAUGGGAUCAAUUGCUUCGAAAUACCUCCAUCCGGAACAUUAAAACUUCCAGUCGCGAAAGAUGAUCAGUCCAAACCGACCAAAGAAUUGAAUUCAGCAUGGAAUUUGUUCUUAUCUGGAUUUUCAUCUUCAUUUUAUGUUAUUAUAAUCUCUGAAAUUGGUGAUAAAACAUUUUUUAUCGCCGCUAUUAUGUCUAUGCAGCAUCCACGAGCAUUAGUUUAUUGUGGAGCGAUGUUCGCUCUUAUCACUAUGACAAUGUUGUCGGCGUUACUUGGUUACGCAACAACAAUCAUCCCGCGCUCUGUAACCUUAUACUUAUCCGGUGCUUUGUUUUUUAUAUUCGGCCUGAAGAUGCUUUAUGAAGCAUAUACUAUGUCUUCCAGUACAGCCAAAGAAGAGUUCGAUGAAGUUCAUAUGCAGCUCACACAGUCUAGAGCAGAUGAUGUAGAAACUGGUACUAAAACCUCAGAUUCUCCCCAGGGAUUGCUCUCUAAAUCACUUACGAUCACAAGAAACAUAUUUACUCCAAUCUUUGUGGAAGCUUUUGUGCUCACAUUUUUGGCAGAAUGGGGUGAUCGGUCUCAGAUAACUACAAUUGUUCUUGCAGCUACAAAGGUAAGUGAUCAUCUUGACAUCAUAAGUUAGUUUUAUUAGUAUAACAUUUCAAAUGCCCUGGUACGGCUGAGAGUGGGGAGAGUUCGCUCUCCCUCUAAAUGCUCUCACAUGGUCAGCGAAUAUAUAGCCUCUGUCAGGGAAGUCCUACUCACUGCCUUCUCGUAGCACUAGUGUUGUUCACAAAAGCGAGAGGACGAAAAGUGAAUGUCCGGCGCUUUAACCGGGUUGGUGGACACGGAAAGUCCACCUAGGGGAGUUGGAAAACCCUGAUUCCAAACCAAUAGUGCACAUGGGCUCCAAUAUCCUGAGGGAACAAAUAGCGUAUGAACCAAUUAUUGGUCACCGGCUACUAUGGGACUGCAUCUCCUUACGAUGCUCCACUGCCUUGUGGAUCAGACCUUUAGGUCGAAGGCUCUGGGUGUGGUCCCCUAUGAAAACCACCUGCUUCAGUUUGUGCACCUGAGCAGUAUCACAGCCCUCACACAAAUCGAAUGAGAUUUGUGAGGCGCAUGUUUAUCUGGUGCUUCCUUGUACCAAUAUUUAUGUGUUUAAAUAAAUAAAUAAAUAAUGCCGCAAAUACAUCUUUUCCUACACAUUUCCCAAAUUGUCGGUUUUGCUGCAUAUGUUGUGCCUGUUUAUUGUAAAAUAUUUUAUUAAUUUUUUUGCUCUGGUCUUGUUAAGUCUGAUUAUCAGAACCGAUACAUUUUAUUUUCCGUGGCUGUGUUCCCCGAUUCCAAUCAAUCAGUUAAGGUAUACAUAAGAGAAUCAGCAAGUUUAUCAUUGAAAUCGUUCUUAUUUUUACGAUUUUCUGAUACUCUAUGGUGCUUAAAGUUAAUGUGCUUCAACUUUAUUUGGAACUAAGUAAAUUUAAAUGCUAUAUCUGACAACUGUAUGUUGUUGAGUAUUUCACUUCACAAAGAACUACGUAUAUGGUUGAGGACUUUUUAUUUCUCAUCUCUUUUUUAGUAAUCAAGCGAUUGGAGUUACUGAUGACCAUUUAAGUUUUAUUUUUACGCUUAUGAUGGCGUAGUAAUUUGUGGACAUUUUGUUAAAUCAUAGGCUGGUAGCUGGACAUAUAAGCUUAGAGUACAUAUAUUCGGUCAAUCAGUCAGACACAACACAGAACCUGUUGAGUGUGUACAUCGAUUCAAGUUGCCACAAACUUAGCACAGUAAGAUGAAAUUGUUAAGGAAAAUUUCAUUGUAGCAGAGGCAGUUAGCAGUACUAGCGAUAACAAAAAGGAUUAGAUAUCGAAGAUGCGAUGCAACAACACAAAUUAGUGAAAAAAGCUGAAAAAUCCAGAAGCUUAUGACCUGGGAGAAUACAAACAAUGUAUGGGCCUGCGUUUUUGCAAAUGACUUCCAGCUAUGCCAUUCGAAGUCUUUAACCAUUGGUUACAAUAAUCACGCCAACAUCAACCAGGUAGUCUACACCUGGUAACCUGGCUCAGUCCAACUGUCAAUGAACUCAUAAACUGAUGCUAUGCUUUGGUCUGACCGCCUCCAGUUUUGUUCCAAUUUAUCCCUACAUCAGACAACAUCUCGCAUUGAAGUAGGUAGUUAUUGGGUAUGCGUAACACAUGGUGAUACGCUCAACUACUUCAUUUCCUAUCACUAAUUCAAGCACUGACGCAGGCCUGUCCUAAACCAUUGUAAAUGUAGGUCAUGCAGAAUUCCAACCCAGUGGCACCACUUUGAAUUCUUUCAAGUAAUCAUUGGAUGUUUUCAUCGGCAUUGUUUCAUAUUAAUAACUUCUACACAAAGUAGGUCGAGAUUCGCCGAGAUUGUCCCUCUUCAAAUCAACUAUAUAACAUAAUCCUAUAUAAACACUGCCGGACCAAAACAUAUCAAAAAACUGUGAAGUCACUGAGAAGUGAACUGAGCCAUGUUGGUAGGUGUAGACUACCUGGUUGGGAUCUGCGAGAUGAUAGUAACCGAUGGUCAGAGGCCUCGAAUGAUAUGGCUUAUACUUUUGCUACCUCUACCACAAUGGGAUUUGAAUUGACUUUUGUAUCUCUGUGCUAAUGUGGUAUGACAACUUGGACUGAUGUACGUACGUACGAAGUUCUACAUUGUUGCUGACUGAUUGCCUGUCUUAUAUAUUAGUAAACAACGUUCAUUGUCAUACAACAUACGUUGUAAUGUUUAUAUGUUUUCUUUUAGAGAAAUCUGAGAUAUAAUGAGAACUUCAUUUUUGGCUUAUACAUUCAAAGCACAUUGGAAACCCAAUAUGGCGAUUAUUUUUUUAUUUAAAUGUCUUGUUCGGCCUAUUCACGACAGGGCCAAACAUUGUAAGCAAGACUAAAGAUCAGAGAAUUCUAUAGGGUACAGAUCAAUUUACUGAGUUUACUCCAUAGAUCGCUUUUAAUGCAUUCCUUCUCCAGACAGUUUCCGUGUGUUUUUUGUUGGUAUAUCUACUAUGUAUUUGUGUCAUUAACUCUGCAUUACUUGUCUUUUCUUGGAAUUUACGUGAAUUUUUUGGGUUCUACGUUAUAUCUCCUUUAGUUCUGUAAUUGGCUGCCCCGAGUCGUAGUACUUUUGUGCUACGUGACUGACGCAGUAAAUUGUUUUACUUCUUCAUAAUGGUUUUUCAUCUGUUAGUAUAGAUUUAUUAUCUUCUGAGGGUGAAAGCAUCUGAACUUUGUUUUCGAAACUCGUCAUAUACUUUUCGAAUAUAAAUUAUUUGUGAUACUUGUUAUACAACUGAUCUAUGUCAUUUGUGAACCUUUACUAUUAUCCAUUCUUAUGCGGUUACAUAUUUCUGAGUCAUGUCUUCUAACGUCGCCUUACUGCCUUGUAGACUAGUCCUCUAGUUCAAAGGCACCGAAAAGUGACCCUCGCGGUAAACUACAUGUUUCAGUCUGGGUACCUGAUCAGUAUUCCUUCCCACUCAUCAACAUAAUAAUUAAUAUUUACGAAGAAAGUGACUUUGUUCUGCUUCACUACUAGUUCAAACGUUAUCUACCGUCUGUGAGACUUAUUUUCAGAGCAUGAGUAAAGCAGCACAAACUCCCUUGUCAUAUAUCAUUUCAAAAGGUUUUUUUCACUCAGGCUUAUUCGAAAACUGUGUCAUCGGCAUUCUCUCUGGCUGUUAUUGACGCCAAACUGCGUACCAGAUCUGAGUCAACACUAAUUACUUGGAUCUCUAUUAAAAGUCAUUUGUAUGUUGUUAGAUUAGGAAAAUCGAUUCAAGUAAGAAGUGCAUGUGGGAAACGUCUUUCUUUAACCUCUACCUACACACUGACCCCACUCGUGUGGAUGUGUUACAAGACUCCCACUCAUUUGUAAGUACCUAACUGGACUCUGAUCAUGGUCUAGUUUUCACUAAGCUUGUCUAGCGUUUCGAUGACCAGUAAACAUAUUGUCCCAGACGGGUUGACAUAAAAAAGUUGGUUGUAGCUACUGUUGAAACCAAUUAUCAAGCCGAGUUAGGCUCAUAGCUCGCUAUUAACUUACUAAAAUGUAUAGAUAAACACUGAAUGCAACUUCAUUACUCCGUGAAUGGCAGGUAAACUCACUUACAGCUUCUCAAAACGUCCUGUUUGUAAGCACUUGUUUUCUACAGACUACUUCAUACACUUUUUGACACCUCGACCUACGGCUAACAGCGACUUUGAUGUUUCACGCAGAUAACUCCAGGAAAUUUUGUGUAAGGGCUGAUUAACCUGUUGUUUGGAACUUGCUUACGAGUUAGAAACAACAGCCGAAUCUUGUGAUUCUCAAGACACAUUUGGACUCAUCCGAAUCACUGCAUAAAGAGGCGUGAUGUCAGCAAAUUUAUGUGUAAAGUUAAUGGUAUACCGGUUAGUAACGUCCAAAGACAUCUUAGACAAUAAACAGAGUUUUCUGCCGCUAACAAAUUCAACCAAACUGUUCUAUCUCUCGUGGUCGAUGACGACCAAUCCACCUAACGAAGCGAAGGUUCUGAAAGAACCCCAACUUACUAAUUGCAACCAGUCGCCGGGCUUAGACUACCUAUCCGUAGCUCUUUUUAAAAUCGGUGUCAAACUUCUGGCCAGAGGAAUGAUAAGGAUCUUAAGAAUAGUUUCUUGGGCUGAGAAUGUAGCUUUAAACUGUAUCAGCUGUGGCUCAGAAUAGAAACUAAUGGCGGUCCUGGUGUUUUUACAUAAAGAUGAAUGGAAAUCCUUCAAAUAAAAUAAGUCUCUCGGUUUUCCUUAACUAAACUGUACUCCUCUAUUUCUUCACCAUGUUAUCUCUAUAAUUGUGUGAUGCAUACUUUUCUUCGUUCCUAGUUGUACCACAAUGCAUUUGCAUUAAAUAAGGAAUAAAUUGCAACAAAAAUUAUUUUCAUACCUUUAAUUCAUACAUUUGCUUAAGAACUUUAUAAUCAGGCUUUGAAAAACUGUCUUUUAAUAAUUCAGAAUUUUACUGCAGUAGGCGUUUUACGAUUUUAGUAGUAGUACUUUCACUGGCACAUUGUUUUCAGCAUUUUCUUACCUGAUUUCUGUCUCCAUAUGUAGAGUGCUUUGGGUGUAAUCGUAGGUGGAGUUGUCGGUCAUGCUUUGUGCACAGGUUUGGCUGUCCUUAUGGGUCGUUUUGUUGCUCAACGUAUUCCUGUACAGUGGAGUAAGUAAAUACUUGAUUCUCAGAAAUUCAGUAUCAAAUAAAUAUGUCGAUUAUCUCUUUGUAAUUUCCACGAUCUAGUAUGUAUUACUUGCUGGUUGAAAAUUCAAAAGCAAUCAGUUUGACCCAUUGAAUCCACCAGAUCGCUAAAUCUCCUUAGGAAAGACGUUUUUAGAACAGUACAGCAGAGUGUAAACUUAAAAUUAAUAUGAAUUCCGUCUCAUGAUUGAUUAAUUUCCCUUUCAGUAAUUAAAGCAUGUAACCCAGAAUCAAACGACUGUCUUCUCCACAUAUAUCAAAAGCAAAGAGGAAGUACUACUAGUUCUCACACUUACGUUUUACCUCGAGGUCAAAUGUAUGGAUCUAUAUUUAUUGACUGAGUUAAUAAUUACUAAUAAUGUCCUAGAUAAUGACAUAUUAGUGUAAAGCAUUUUUUUUUCUAAAACUUUAGUGAGUCCUCUGCAAUUACUGUUUCUCAGUGGAGUGAAGUUAAGAUAUUACAAAAGUUUGUAGAAUAAAUUUUCUACGAUCUCACAUUUAUUAAAAAACGUCUUGAAAUGAUGUCACUUCCCAUAGAGUAUACGAAAUUGAUUCGCAUGUCUUUCAAAUUAGAUGAAGUUCGUAACGUAAAGUCUCUAAAAUGUAUUUCUUUUGUAGUGUUUGUAUCUCGAUGGAAGAUGAUAGUAAUAUAUGAAUAUUAAGAGAGAUAGUAGAAAGACGUGAUAUCGUAUGAGUGAGUGGUCGUCUAUCUCAAUUAAGGUUUUAUUUUUUAAAAUUGACUAGAUCUGGUUGAUACUUUGCGUAAAAACGAACCACAUUGAGUUAUCACAGUCUGAACCAUGGAAAGAUUAAGGGCAAAUAAAGUAAUGGUCCAGAUAACUAGCAUAUUUGUGUAUCAGUUCAAGUUGUGCCACGUCACAUCAACAAAAUUAAAAAAAAUAAACGGUUGUGAAGUUAAAGGAGUGAAAACAAUUAUACCAACAGACGACUGUUUCAGUUGCACUAAACUGAGCAUAUGUUCACAUGGGUCCUGAAGUAGCGUUUAUUAUUAAGAAGGUAAGAAAUGGAUUCUAAACAUCUCAGCACUCUCAUUCAGUGUUUAAUGAGGACACUAUGUAUUAAAAAUAUAUACACCUAAGAGGAAUUUGUCUUCACUUACUUGAAGUAGGGUCAAAUGAUCUUUGACUGUAAGAUUGCUCUAUGAAAAGUUGUAGAAAAAAAGCGUUACCCCUGUAAAAUUAUCUAGAACAAAACUUAAUUAAAACGAGGAAAGUUAAGGUUUUUGACAAAUAGUAAUCCCUGAUGACUGAUCAUAAAUUCUGAUACGGGUGUUGGAGCAAAAGUUUUAUAAUAUUAUCACAAACUUAUUCAACACUCAUUCUCAUAAACCAUUUCUAGGUGACAUCCAUUUAGUAAAAAUAACUGAUCUGACCACUUGUUUAUUUUAGUUCUUGUUGCUCUUGUAAUUUAAAAUUGUUGAGUUGUCAUAAGAAACACUUCUUUUCAUCGGUUUUAAAAUGAUAUGACUCAGAAGCAUUCGUAACCUGAACACGGAGUUGUCUUACCGUUUUGAUAUUUCUCUCAUUUUUUCACUAUGUGGGAAUUGUUACCAUCCAUGUUUCAUUUUCUCUCUAUUUCAUAUGUAUUAUUAAUUCCAUAACUUUUCUUUUGUAACUUUUUCUCUUAUCUAGUUACAUUUAUUGGAGGUGUAACAU